AUGCGGGGGGAGCGAGCGGGAGCCGAGGGCGAAGCGCUGCGGGUUGGCAGAGCGGUGCCAGAGGUGAUUGUAACGAGGGUGGUGCCUGCAACUGAACUUGGAAGCCAAGCGAAGAGGGUAAAAGUUGAGCUGGAAAUGAAAGGUGGGACCGGACGGCUGCGGGAGUUGCCGGAGAGGCUGACGAAGGACCUGGAGGAGACGCACGGCAGCAAGUCGCCGGAGGUGCUCUCGGCCACCGAGCUGAAGGUGCAGCUGGCGCAGAAGGAGCAGGAGCUGGCGCGAGCCAAGGAGGCUCUGCAGGUCGAAUUUCCUGCCUGCGCCGUACCUCUGUGCACCCAGGGUGAGUGCCGGCUCAGCCCAGUGCCACGCAACGUUGACAUCUUCAACAGCAAGAUCUUCUCUGCAGAUGGUGACGGCUGCGCCCGGGGAGACACCUUUCCCAGCGUGAGAAAGCAAGCAGAGGAUUCAGAUAAAGUCUGCUCCAAAGAUGAGGAGCUACUGGCCAAGCAGUCCCUCGCCACGCUGACCAAGGACGUCCCCAAGCGCCAUUCCUUGGCCAUGCCGGGCGAGACGGUGCUGAACGGCAACCAGGAGUGGGUGAUGCAGGCCGACCUCCCGCUGACGGCCGCCAUCCGGCAGAGCCAGCAGACCCUCUACCACUCGCACCCCCAGCACUCGGCCGACCGGCAAGCGGUCAGAGUGAGUCCCUGUCAUUCCCGGCAGCCGUCCAUCAUCUCCGACGCCUCCGCGGCCGAGGGCGACCGGUCGUCCACGCCGAGCGACAUCAACUCGCCGCGGCAUCGAACGCACUCGCUCUGCAACGGGGACAGUCCGGGACCGGUACAGAAGAACUUGCACAACCCGAUCGUACAGUCUCUAGAGGACCUGGAAGACCAAAAACGGAAAAAGAAGAAAGAGAAGAUGGGCUUCGGCUCCAUCUCCAGGGUGUUCGCCCGGGGGAAGCAGCGCAAGUCCCUCGACCCCGGCCUCUUCGACGGUACGGCCCCCGACUACUACAUCGAGGAGGAUGCGGACUGGUGA